AUGGCUAGUGCCAGCGCCAGCGGUCGGGCAUUCGGCACAGCGUCAGUAAACUCGACUGCGUCUGCGGCCUCGGGCACAUCCGCCGCCUCCGGUUCGACCGCGACCACGAACGGCCUCCGGUCCUCGACCACAACCCGACAUCAGCGGGGACAAGCGAGUGUGGGCUCCGCGCCGACAUCUUGGCAAAGUCCGCGGACAGGCAUUCCCAAAUCGAGCAGCAAUGGCUCCCUGGCCGCUCCCGGGAAUGGAUCAGCAACGACGCACGGCUCACCGGCGCUGACACCCGACGCGCCCGGACGGCCAGAGAUUCAGCGUCAACGGUCCGUCAGCAGUGCAAGCGGAGCAGCAGUCGAGCGAGCAAGCAAUUGGCUGCAGGCACUUGCGCCCCGGGGUGAGGGACGCUCUCGCGAGUUUCUGACGAGCACGCUGAGCGGUGUUGCAACUGUGGCUUCGACGGCGGCGCAGGAGGUGAACGGCUUCAUUAGGGACCGAGGUUCUCGCCCGAACUCGCUGGUUGCGACGUCACCGCCGCCAGUUGGGUCACUUUCGCCUCAGCCUGUUGGUCCGGUCCGACGAGCAGCGGCGCCAGCCAACGCCGCCCGUCUCCCCAAGGCCAGCCCGGACCCCGAGCGGCCACAGAGCGUCCAUCUGCCGCUUACUUCCAGCCCGGUCGCGAGCCCGACGCAGAGAUCCUUCAACCAUCCCAUCACAACGACAUAUGCCGCCCGCGAACACAGGCGUACCGGCUCAGCAGCCUCGACAACAGCUCUGACACACUCGACCUCCCAUCCCCAACCCGCACCACAACUCCAGCAACCUCAACCACAACAUCAACCCCCGGGGCGUGUAUUCUCGACACCAUCGCCGAGCCACUCGCCCGCUCCCAGCGGCCCAACAGGCGCAACGACGCCCCUGCACGCGAGCACUGCAAGCAGCUCGAGCAAGAAUUUGGCUGCCUCCACGUCGAGCAGGACGCACACGCCAGCCCUCUCAGCCAGCACCCGCUCGAGAGGUCAGCCGUAUAAGAUCGGCUUCCAGCCGAGCGGCGUGCGGUCGGACCGAACAGCAGCCUUUCUUAAGGAGCGGAAGGAAAAGGCGGGUGAGCGAGAGAAGGAGGAGGGCCGGCUGGGUCGGAGAUGGGCCAAGCUCGUCGACCUGCAUUUCAACCCGUCCCUCGCGUCGCGCCCCGGCCCAUCCCAGCAACCGGCGAAGAAGUCGACAUUCGACGGCGCCUUCGACUCUCUGAACCCGAAGGAAGUGUGGCGGGGUCUGAAGGCGGCGGCAGGGCCGAGUGCAGAUGAGGCGCGGAAGAGGGCCGUGGAGCAGAGUAUCGUGAAGUGGGAGCCUGACAGCGAGGUCAAGAAGUGCCGCAUCUGUGCGACUUCUUUCUCGUUGAGUAACCGGAAACACCACUGCCGGCUCUGUGGCCGCAUCGUGUGUUCACUCCCGCCGUCGCCCCCGGGACUGCUGCAUAUCCAGUUCGAGCUGUUCGGAGGGGACAUGGAGCACCUCCCCGCUGGCUUCCGACGCGAGCGAUGCUCGUUGUUGCUCGUGGCGGACUGGAAGACGGGAAGGGGCGAGGAGGUCGAUGAAGGCUUCGUGGGCUGGAUGCAGCUGGACCCCGAGGCUCCGCCGGAGCGGGAACAGACGUUCGUCAAGCGCCAUGUGCGCAACACCUCUACUGCAAGUGCGGGCGGUAGUCCCGCAGGCAGUGCGCCUGGUAGUGGCGCCUCGACCCCUCUUCCCCAGCAACCGCAAGAGGUCCAGGUACGCGGUAUCCGUGUCUGCCGGGAAUGCUGGCGCAUCGUGUCCCGCAAGCAGAUCAUCGCCGACGGUCUGAAACCCUCCCGCUUCGCGCGACUGUACGAGACGCUCCGCCUGAUCCAGUCCGAGAUUGACGGCAUCUUGCCCGACCUAGACGGGGGGAUUCGGCACGCCGACGCACUGUUAGAGGCGGGAGAGUGGGACCGGAUUGACCUCUCCGAUCUGCUCGAGAACCACCGGACGCUCCUCUCCCUGCUUGCCGAGUACGACACGGUCACGAAGCAGCUGGCGUCGGUGCAGUUCGGCCCGCCCCCGACUCCGGCGGGAGAGAAGGCAGACGACAAGAAGGUCGGCGCUGUCCUGCUCGAGGGCGGGGCAAAGGAGGGCGAGAGCACGAAGCAGGCCGAGGAAGUCAAGGCGACCAUUGUCCGCAUCGCCAGCAUUUACCUCGCCAAGUGCAUGAGCCAGGUGCACAGUGUGGGCAAGCUGCAGCGCCGCAUCCUGCAGAAGCAGUCCAAGGGUCUGGUCGUGCACAACCUCAACGACAGCAGUAGCGAGGAUGAGCUGGCGCGCGAACUCCAGCCGCUGCUCGAGCAGCAGGCACAGCUUGAAUCCUUCAUCGCGCAAGCCAACGCACAGCGCAAGUAUGACGACAGCAAGGCCCUCUCGGUGGCACUGGCCGAGAUCGAACGCGAGAUCGCACGUCUCACGACCAACAUCUAG